CUGUGGAACUUGUCGUAUUAGCAGGACACUGUACCUUUGCCAGAUUGUUUGAUCCACCUCUGUUCUGAUUCGUUUUCGUGGAGAUAUUGGAGUGUUUGUCUGUUUUGUUCAUUGCAACAACCAUGCUAGGCCAGUCCUAGUUAUUGUGUGAACUUUGUUUCCGGAUUCACUAUUAUUCAAAUUUGAUACAUUAUUUUACCUAGUUAUCAAGACACAUUAAAAAUCCUUCUUUAGUUUCAAAAUGGUAGAAAAAUGAAUGGUCUAGAUGAAGAACCAGGCUCUAGUUGUGAUUCAGGUAAUGCAUCCUGCUCAAGAAUGAGCAAUGGUCACAACGAUUGCAGUAACCAACUGAGCAAUGGCACAUCCAAUGCAUCCAGUUCAAGCACUGCCUAUGGAGGAGCAAGGCCGAAAACAAGAGAAUUUGAAGAAAAUAUCCCCAAUGGGGUGCUGCAUCAAUCCCCUCAAACACGUACCCAAAAUGACUCUAAAGUGAAGAAAGUGCAAAACGAAGCAUCAACGUCAGGAUCUUUUGGAAUUUCUAACAACCUUUCAAAUGACACUAUCAAAGUUAUACGACAAAUUAGAGACAUUGAGUGUCAAGCUGGGCCAUCUCAACCAUAUGUUGAGAAAUCUUGUGACAAUGGUGAAAAUGAUGUCAGCCGCCUUGCUGCAGUCUGUGCUGCAUCCAGUCGCAGAGCUAUGGCAGAACGGGCCCGAAAAGCUGAGCCCCAUAGUGCCAAGAGAUUGCAGAGUCCUGUUGAUUCUGAUAACUCAAGUGACACUGGCAAUGAUGAUGGUCUUUCUGGUGAUGAAUGUUGCAUUUAUACUUACAAGGGAGAUCAAAAUGCUGACAUCUCAAAUGGUUUGCUUGGAUUGUCUUUACCGCAAGUUAAUGAACAUCCUCCAGCACAUCCUGUUGACAAUGGUAACCGUAAUGGAGGAUCGUCUCCUGAAAUGGACUUUCUCGAAAUGGACUUUGACCCUGAUCCUUUGGGAGAGCAGGACUCCAUUGAAGAGGACCAUGUACAGGUUAAUCUUUUAAUUAGACCUGAGGUUGCUUCUCCCUCUCAGAGUGUUGAAGAAGCCUCUAAUGAGUUGAGUGCUCCUGCUUCAAGUUUGGACAACGCUUCUACUUCUGGAGGGGAGGAUGAAGAAGAUGACAUAGAAGAUGAGGAUGAGGAGGACGAAGAUGAAGAGGGUGCUGUUGCAAUGAUGGAGAGUAGUGACAGCAGCAAUGAGGAAAUGCCCGAUGCUGAGCCGGAACCUUUUCUAGGCAUAAAUGUUGGAGCUUUAACAUCUACGUCUACAUCUGCAGACGGCAUGAAAAAUUUAUUCCUUCCGAAAGUUCCUUCUCUUGUAUCAAAGGAAAUUCUUAGAGGUCAACAUAUUGCUGGAAGUCAACUUUGUCCUGUAGAUAUAGAUGACUCACACAAACGUUCUUUUGUUAGUGCAAUUAAAUCCUGGCACACCAAUAACGAACCAGUGAUAGAUAAGCAAAAAUUUAAUCUCUAUUCAGCUUUGUAUCAUAGUAUAAUGGCUAAUAAUCUUAUUCUUGAUGAGGAGGAGCUUGGAGGUGCCAGUGGAUCACAAGGGCAGGGUAGAGAAGACAACAAUGUGGAAGGUGCCGUGGGAACUUCAAGUGAAGGCUGCCCCCGCAAGAGAUUGCACCAACAAAGUGGAAACGAACUUCCAGAAUUGGAAAAGACUAUGAUCUGGACUGAAAGAGAAGCAUGCCAUAAACAAGUGUCUCAAAUAGCAGUUUCAGCCUGUGGUGCUGCUGCUGUCAGUAAUGUCCUGAGUGCUCUUAAUAUUCCUUUCACAUUAGAACGAGUACAUGAUGGUGUAGCAACUCGACUAAGGGCUGAAAAGGCUUGUCUACCUACCUACCUGUUUUCCCGAUCCGCUGCUGGAGUUGCACAUAAUGAUUUAAUUAGGGGCUUAGACCUUGCUUCAGACGGAGCCAUUUAUUCUAGAUUUUUCCAUAUGUACCCCGAGAGAUCGUUUUCCCUCUCAAGAUGGCUUGCUCAUUGGAUCAAGGAAGGGGCGGUGCCGAUUGCUACACUAAAUAUUCAAAAGUCAGUUCUACAGGGAGCCACAAUACCAGAUUCCUGGCACCAUCAGAUGGUGUUUGGUGUUAGUCACCGUGGUAUUUAUCUUACAAACCCAUUGGAAUGUGUCAGAGAAGAAGUUUUGCAUCCCCAACUUUGCAGUCCUUCUGAGCUUCUUGUAAGGCGUCAGGAUAUAGUGUCACGGUGGGCUCCCAACACAGACUUAUGUAGGCUAGCAACAAGCUCUGACAUCAGAUGGAAACAAAUGAAUGUUCUUGGGCAAGUUGUUAAUAUUCUUAGAGAAGCUAAUGCAAGAGCCCCGCAAUAUCUUUUUCGCCGAAAUCUCACGUCUCAUAUCUCAAUACCUGCAUCAUAUUGUUCAGGAAUUUUAUUGUCUGUUCCAAAAGAUAGUCGAGCAGCCAUGCAACUCAAAUCUGCUCCUGAACUACCUAUGAAAGUAUUUUGACUGUAACAUGUGGAUCAAAAUUCUUAGAAAGAGAACUGACCUAAACCUGUAUUAUUCUUUGCCGGUGUGUUUUUCAAUAUCUUUUGCAGACUGAUUUAGGAUGCCUUUUAGGAACAAUUUCACUCACCAAAUUGGCUAUAACCAUAACGCAUAAUACUGCUAGAUCAAUGGUAGCCACCAAUACAUCAAACAUACAGUAUAUUAACUUUUCCAAGUUGAGGAACUCAGUACCCUUUGCCAUAUAUUUAUUAUUGUUUUUAUUUUAUUGUUUUAUAUAUACUGUCAUUUAUAUGUACAUGCAUAUGUUUAUAUUUUGUUUGUGACUGUUGCUUCAAAUAGUUAGUGUUCCAGCCCCAAAGUGAAGAUGUGUACAUAAUAUUGUAGCUACCUUAAUGUAUAAAGUUCUUCAGCCUUGUGUAACUUGAAACAAAUUGUGAUACAACUGUCUUUAGAUAAAUUAUGGUCAUUAUUUUGUAAUUCAGAACCUGUUGUUGAUUUUUGUAUUAAAAAAAUGAAUAGAAAAAGUGCUUUAAUUGACUUCUUAAGUUUUGUUGAUAUCUUCAAUGGCAAUGUAGAUUUGUAUGUAUUCUUAUCUCUGGAAAUACAAGGAUGCAUUUAGUGUCUAAUAAUAUGUUUGAAGGUACUUAGUGAAUUGAAUGAGACGACUGCUUGUCAGUACGUAGUUGAUUGGUCUGUUCUACAAAGUUGAAUGCUGAAAAACUGUUGUCUAAAGAAAUUCAGACUCAUGAAAUUUCUUAGUGUCAUUCAAAGGGCAAAGCUUAGACUGAGGUACCUCUGUUGGUGCAUUAGCUGUCUUCUUGCCCUCUUGAGUCAUUUAAUGUCUUUACUAAUCAAAAAAUUAUAUUUGACCCCUUAUCAAUUGGUUGCUGACAGGUCCUCUUUACCUCCGAUCUAUAAAAGCAAGGCCCAGUACUUUUCCUUUUCUUAAAUCUUAUGAGAUCACUGAAAUUAGUUGUAAAAUUGUUUCAAAUGACGUUCAACAAAACUUAUUUUUAUAUCAAAAUUGUUUCCAAUACCAUAGAUCUUGAAUUCUCUAACUAACAACCCAUGCUUUCUCAUAAGGAGUGCACAGCACUUCUGGAUUGUUUACUUCCUCUAACUUUCUAUUUCCAUCACUGUUGAUAUGUGUUCUGUUCUUGUCAUUUUAACGGUUCUCUAUUGUGCCAUGUCAAAACAUGAGUUAAUACAAGCUUGACAGACAA